AAUGCAAAAUUAGAUUGAUUAAGGAUUACUAUAGGAACAUGAAUAAAAUAAUGGUAUUAUUUGAUUUAAGUGAAUAGUUGACAUUAUGGAGAACGGGAAUAUUGAUAAACACAAAUAACCAACUUCAAUAUUUGAGAUGGGAAAGGAAUACUUUAAACAGUGCCAUCAGUUAUUAGCUAUUUACACAGCUCUUAAAUUUAUUGCUGCAGUUACUUUAGUAUAUAGUGAAACAAAAAUACUAGAUUAUUUUAAGAGAAACUAUAUAUGGAGAUGAAAUACUAGUAAAGAAUUACCAUGAAAUCUUUAAUGAUGCUUAUUUAGUAUACUGGAUGUACAUUUCAUGUAUUAAUGUAAUUGAAAAUUAGGUACUCAUAGUCUUUUUGCUUUUAUCUAUUAUAUUCAACUAUUGAUUAAGAUUGAUAAUGAAGUUAAAUGUACACAAGUAGUUGAAGAAAUAGGAUAAAUGAUUGUGAUAGAAAUUCCUGAAGGUUAUACCAAUUAAGAAAGAUAGGCAUUCAUAAAUGAAUAAGUUCAAAUAUAGAAUCAAGAAAUGAUUUAAAGAUUAGAGAUAGAUGGAUAAAUUGAGGAAUCAAGAAGAAUAAGUCUUAUUGCAACAGAAAUUAAAGUUUUGUAUCAUAUUAUAUUAGAAAACCCUAUUAUAAAAUGAAAAGCCCUUAAAUAUUUUAGGAAAAGGAUGCUUUAUCAUAUUCUAAUUCAUUUAAUUAUGGGGGUUGAUAUUCUAUUUCAAUUAGAAGAAUUCACUAAAUUGCGAUGUCUAUUUCUAUCCCUUAUACAGAGGAUAUUUAUUUACUGUAUAGUUAUAUGUAAAUGAUAGGUUGUAUUUAUGGGAAUAUAUUAAUAUUUAGAAAUCUACAUCAUAACUCUAUUAGUUUUAAUUUUCCUUCCAAUUUUACUUUUUUAUAGUUUAUAUGACUGGAUAAAGAAUUAUUGUUAAAAAAGAAGAGAAAGAAGAAGAAUUGAUGAUUCAUUGAAAGAAAGUAUGUAUAGUUUAUAAGAAACAGCUGAAGGUAAAUAUAUUCUAUAAAAUAGGAGAAAAUGAAUGUGCAAUUUGUAUGAAUUAAUAUGAAGAAAAAGAUAAAAUUGCAAUACUUCCAUGUUCAAAUAAACAUCGAUUCCAUUCAACUUGUGUUAGAUCAUGGUUGGAAAUUAAUAGCAAAUGUCCUUUAUGUAGAAGUGAUGUAUUUCCACUGCCAGAAGAAAUUUUCUGA